AUGGAGGCGCGCGCGGAGGGGUUCGGGUCGGCGUCGAGCGGGGUGCUGUAUAAUCCGAAGCGCGGCGUCGAGCUGGAAAAUUUGUUGAAGCUCGACGAGAAGGCGCGGAAUCGCAAGGCGAGCGUGCUGACGCGAGGGAACAUUGAUUUGUUGUUGCAAGAGCUGAACGCGCUCCAAGCGGUGAACGAGGAGGCGUUGGAACAAGUGGACGCGGAGCUGGCGUUGCUCGCGGCGAAGAAUUUGGAGGGACAGCUGAGCGAGUACACGGAGACGGAUGCGUACGCGAAUUUGAGCGAUCAAAAGAAGCGGUUGGUGAAUAAGAGGUCGAACGAGGCCUCGUUGCAACGUCGGUUGAAGGAGCGCAAGGUUAUAUUCGGGCGAUUGGCGGCGCAAGGCCCGGUCGUCGUGUACGGCGCCGCGUUAGUGGCGUCCAUCGUGUCCAACGCAACGAUGCACCCUUUGGACACUAUAAAGGUUAGAAAAAUAUCCUUGAGGCAGAAGAAAUCAAAAGAAGUAGGCGCGAGCGUUGACUUGAGCGUCGACGAGAGCGCGGACGAAAUUCGAGGGUACGAUCCAACGUGGGACGAAAUCGUCGGCGAGGGCGGAGUGGUUUCCUUGUACGACGGUUUGUCAUCAAACUUGUUCAAGGAGGGCAUUCCACUCGCGCUGUACCUCGGCUUGUACGAGUAUGCCAAAGAUAUCUUGCUUCAAGUGGACGUUAUGCGGCCGCAUCCGAUCGUUAUUUAUCUCAUCGCUGGCGGGUUCGGGGAAUUUUUCGCUUCGAUUCUUCGCCUCCCGGCCGAGGCGGUGAAGAAUGGUACGCAAAUAGGGAUGAGCAUUCCCGAAGCGCUCGAGACCAACGUUUUAACCCCAGCGGCGAGAAAGAAUCUGUUCAAGUGUUGGAAAGUCGCGCUUCUGCGCGACAUUCCCUUUGGCGGCAUUCAGCUAGCCGUGUUUGAGUACUUGAAGCUGCUGCUCGUCGUCGCGAGCAUUCAAGCGCUCGAUCCGGACGCCCCUCUCACCGAAGCUCUCUUCGGUGCGUUCGGUGGGGUGUGUGGAGCCAUUUUUACGACCCCGGUUGACGUCGUCAUCACCCGCAUGAUCAACGAACGCAAAUCGAACGCCGACGCCGGUUUGCCCGAAGACGCACCAGGAACGUCUCCAAUCGACACGGCGCUCGGCGUGUACUCCGACUCCGGGCUACCCGGCUUCUUCGUCGGCGCGAAGGAACGCGUUCUGUAUUGGGGUCCAGCCAUCAGUAUCUUUCUCACCGUGUACUGCCGCAUUCGGCAGUAUUACUUGCCCGACAUCGACAUUUCCAUAUAG